AUGAAUGGUGGAAAUGGCCAGUAUAGUUACACUCGCAAUUCGUCUAUCCAGAGAUGGGGAGUCGAAGCAUCGAAGGCCUUGAUUGGUGAGGCAGUUUGGGAGAAACUUGAUACCAAUUUCUCGACCUUAUUCAAUAUUGCAGAUUUGGGGUGUUCUGUGGGACCGAAUACAUUUAUUGUGGUUGAAAAUAUUAUAGAAUCUGUGAAACUCAAGUACCCAUCCCCCAAUCCGAACUCAGAAGGCAUAGAAUUUCAGGUGUUCUUCAACGAUCUUGCCUCCAAUGAUUUCAACACACUUUACCGGUCUUUGCCUCGUGACAGGGAAUAUGCUGCAUCCAUUGUCCCAGGUUCUUUUCAUGGCCGCUUAUUUCCCAAAUCAUCCCUUCAUUUUAUUCACUCCUCAUAUACACUUCAUUGGCUCUCCAAGGUCCCAAAAGAGUUGCUAGACAAGAACUCUCCUGCAUGGAACAAGGGGAGGAUCUCCUAUGGGAGUGCUCCAAAUGAAGUUGUCCAGGCUUACUCAGCUCAAUUUGCCAAGGACAUGGGAUCUUUUCUGAAAGCUAGGGCACAAGAACUUGUCCAUGGAGGUCUCAUGGCGCUUAUCAUUCCAUGCCUCCCAGUUGAUACAUCACCUUCCGAAUGCCCCCUAAUUGCAGUUAUGGACCUACUAGGAGACAGUCUCAUGGACAUGGCUAGAAUGGGAUUGAUCAGUGAAGCUAAAGUGGACUCCUUCAACUUCCCUAAAUACUACCCCACUCAACAUGAGUUAAAGACCCUCAUAGAGAGAAAUGGAUACUUCAGUAUUGACAGAACUGAACCACUGGCUCAAUCCACGACUCAUGCAAGAGAUCUUAAUUUCCAAAUUUUCAUUUCCCACACAAGAGCUGCAUGGGAAGGAGUUAUCAAAAUGCACUUUGGAAGUGAUAUCAUUGAUGGACUGUUUGAUCGGUUCAUGAAGAAAGUGUUGAAGUUCUCGCCCUUAAUUUCAAGGCACAGCAGCAAGCAGAUCGCCGAAAUAUUUGUCCUCCUCAAACGCAAAGCCAGUUGA